CCUGAAGCCCGGGUGGAAGGUUUCCGCAAGAACAACAAGGGGAAGAUGUCUAUUGGUUCAGAAGCUAAAGCAACGUCAGGACACCACGUUGGACUGUGCAGAGGCGAUUGGCUUCGGCGAGGAGAGCCUUCUGAAUGUGUGGGAGGGGCAGAGAGCUGGUUAGUUGGAGGAGUGUGAAACCGCGUGUUAAUGUAAGCAGUUGUGGAGAGGCGAGGCCGGCCUGAGAUAUUGUGUCCCGUGAGCUGACAUCGAACGGCCCUAGCCAGCUGCAAGUUUCCGCUCGGCGCGGCUUCCAGGAUAUAGGCCGCUACUGGCCGCACACGGAGGGCACUUUUCUGCAGUGCGGAUCACUUUGGGGAUAAUUUGUGGGGCUCAUCACUUGUGCGUGGAGAUUGGAGGAGCCGGGGCUGCUAAGCAGCGCUUUUUGUUAUUAUACGUGUCUCCUAAAGGAUUUCCCCAUCUGGAUAUUUAUUGGUUCCUCUCGGUGUUUCCCGGGGCCACAUCCUGCCCCCCACCGACACUAAGAGCGGAGGCUUUUGUUCCCAUCACCUUCCUGCCGUGAUGCCCUCGGGCUGCUGCUGAGCCCUGCGGGGGGUUUAUACUUUCUGCUCACUGGCUGCUUUUAUUCACUGUGGAUCUGUGUGGAACAGGGAGGGGAUCUCUCUGCCCUGAGUUGACUGGGAAAGUUUGUUAGGCGGCCGGAGCAGGAAGCACAGAGUGGUCUCACCGGGGUGCUGGGAAGGAGCUGCACACAAAGGACGGGAGAAUAAAGGAGGCGGCAGGAUGCUGCUCUAGUUACCCCCACCCCCUGCUUCCUUGUCGUCCCCCAUUCAGCGGGACGCACCGAUACUGACCAUCCGCCUGGGCUGGGAUUGUGAGCCAGCGGGCGAGAAUUGAGUUUCCAAGGAGCAAGGCGGCGCCUGGGAGAGCCAUGUUUCCACAAAGCAGGCACCCGACACCGCAUCAGGCUGCAGGCCAGUCAUUUAAAUUCACUAUCCCGGAGUCCUUGGACCGAAUCAAAGAAGAAUUCCAGUUUCUUCAAGCUCAGUAUCACAGCCUUAAAUUGGAAUGUGAAAAAUUGGCAGGCGAAAAGACAGAGAUGCAGAGGCACUAUGUCAUGUAUUAUGAGAUGUCCUAUGGACUUAAUAUUGAAAUGCACAAACAGACAGAAAUUGCCAAACGAUUAAAUACCAUUUGUGCACAAGUUAUCCCAUUUCUAUCUCAGGAACACCAACAACAGGUGGCUCAAGCCGUAGAGCGUGCCAAACAAGUGACAAUGGCAGAACUAAAUGCCAUCAUCGGGGUACGUGGCCUUCCAGGUCUACCUCCUACACAGCAGUUACAGGCCCAGCAUCUCUCCCACAGUCACGGACCACCAGUGCCUCUGACACCACAUCCAUCAGGUCUUCAACCCCCAGGAAUUCCACCUCUGGGAAGUAGUGCCGGCCUUCUUGCCCUUUCUAGUGCUCUCAGUGGCCAGUCUCAUCUAGCCAUGAAAGAUGACAAGAAGCACCAUGAUUCAGACCACCAUAGAGACAGAGAGCCAGGAACAAGUAAUUCUCUCUUGGUUUCUGAAAGCCUGCGAGGCAAUGAUAAAAGAAGGAAUGGUCCCGACUAUUCUAAUGACAUCAAAAAAAGAAAGAUGGAGGACAAGGAUUCCAGUCACUAUGACAGUGAUGGAGACAAAAGUGAUGAUAACUUGGUUGUGGAUGUAUCCAAUGAGGAUCCUACAUCUCCUAGAGUGAGUCCUACUCACUCACCCAGAGAAAAUGGUAUUGACAAAAGUCGGUUACUUAAAAAAGAUUCUUCUAGCAGUCCUGCAUCCACUGCUUCUUCAGGAAGUUCAGCAUCCUUAAAAUCUAAAGAAAUGAGCUUGCAUGAAAAAGCCAGCACGCCUGUUUUGAAAUCAAGCACACCAACUCCACGAACUGAUGUACCGACACCCGGCACAAGUGUGACGUCAGGGUUGCGCCCAGGUCUUGGCAAACCACCAUCUAUGGAUCCCCUUGUUAAUCAAGCUGCUGCAGCUGGCUUGCGAACUCCAUUGGCGGUUCCUAGCCCCUAUGCCAGUCCAUUUGGAAUGGUUCCGCAUGCAGGCAUGAAUGGAGAACUGACGAGUCCAGGAGCUGCCUAUGCUAGCUUGCACAAUAUGUCCCCCCACAUGAGUGCAGCUGCAGCAGCUGCUGUUGUAGCUUAUGGAAGAUCGCCAAUGACUGGGUUUGACCCUCCACCACACAUGAGAGUGCCAGGAAUGCCUCCAAACUUAGCUGGAAUCCCUGGUGGCAAACCGGCCUAUUCAUUUCAUGUUACAGCAGAUGGUCAAAUGCAGCCAGUCCCUUUCCCUCCUGAUGCACUUAUAGGACCAGGCAUUCCAAGACAUGCGCGACAGAUAAACACACUAAAUCACGGGGAGGUGGUGUGUGCAGUUACCAUCAGUAACCCCACGAGACACGUAUACACUGGUGGAAAGGGAUGUGUCAAAGUCUGGGACAUUAGCCAACCUGGCAACAAAAGCCCAGUUUCUCAGCUGGAUUGCCUGAACAGAGAUAACUACAUCAGAUCUUGUAAAUUACUGCCUGAUGGAUGCACUCUUAUUGUGGGAGGAGAAGCCAGCACAUUAUCCAUUUGGGACCUGGCAGCUCCAACUCCACGUAUAAAAGCAGAACUGACAUCAUCUGCUCCAGCCUGCUAUGCUCUGGCCAUCAGCCCUGAUUCCAAGGUCUGCUUCUCCUGCUGUAGUGAUGGCAACAUUGCAGUCUGGGAUUUGCACAACCAGACUCUAGUAAGGCAGUUCCAGGGCCACACCGAUGGAGCCAGCUGUAUUGACAUUUCUAAUGAUGGUACCAAGCUCUGGACCGGUGGUUUGGACAACACCGUAAGAUCGUGGGAUCUUCGUGAAGGGCGACAGCUCCAGCAGCAUGACUUUACCUCACAGAUCUUCUCUCUUGGGUAUUGCCCAACUGGUGAAUGGCUAGCUGUUGGAAUGGAGAGUAGUAAUGUGGAAGUAUUGCAUGUAAACAAGCCAGACAAGUAUCAGCUGCACCUGCAUGAAAGCUGUGUACUUUCACUGAAAUUUGCUUAUUGCGGCAAAUGGUUUGUAAGUACUGGGAAGGAUAAUCUUCUUAAUGCUUGGAGGACCCCGUAUGGAGCCAGUAUAUUCCAGUCCAAAGAAUCCUCAUCCGUGCUGAGCUGUGAUAUCUCUAUCGAUGACAAAUACAUUGUCACGGGGUCAGGGGACAAGAAGGCUACAGUCUAUGAAGUCAUCUACUGAAAGCAAUGGCAGCUUUCACUACCUUUUUUAAAGGAUUUUCCUGGCCAAAAUGUUUACUAGUUUGGAAAAGAGAAGAAUGAAAGGAGGAAAGGAAUGACUUUCAUUGUGGAUUAUGAACUUGGUUUAUUUUUUUUGUUUCCUACUGGCACAAAAAGUGCAAAUGACUUCCUGAACACACAAACUGCCUAGAACAAACUGAUAGAGAUGGAAAAGAAAUGUCUUAAUAAAUCUGCUGACUUUUUUUUUUUUUUAUUAUUAUUCCCCCCACUUUUUUUUUGUGAUAAAUGGACCCAGGUGUUGACCUGAAUGUAAGAGUAACUCCAGAUUUGCAGUUUACUAUUCUAGACUUCUGGUAAUAACAUUUUUGUCCCCAUGGCUGUUGAGCUACAUUUCUCGGCUAAAUCCCCCAUUACUGUAGUCUGAGAAUUGAUUUUCCUGACAGCUUGAGGGCUAUAAAUGAAGCAAAACUGUAUCUUUUUUUUUUUUUUUGUAUUGUGAUUUUUGUACUUUGUUUUAAGGUCAAGCAUUUGUAAAAAAAUGUAAAUAUAUUUGAUUUGCUACAGUAAAGGCUUUAGUACCAACAGACUUUUUUUUCUAACUGUCAAUAUGUAAAUGUAAAUCCGAUAGUGUAUAUAGGAUUUGUAAUUAUCUGCCAUUACAAAGGUUGUGAAGUUCUAUUCAUAUUUUACUACACUGUGAUAGGUUUAGGCAAGUUGUAAAUGUUGUUAUAAAUAUAAGCAGCCAUCGUGGGAGAUCUGUUUUAGUUACGUGAAUUGCUUUAAAUUUCUCCUGUUCUUCUUUUCUAACAGUUAGUUUAACUUUCUCUUGUCACUAAAUUGCUGUAACCAUUUACACUCGGAACCUCCUUACAGUUCUGUCCUAUCAUUAUGCCAUUCUAACGUUAGAAAUUUGUUCAAAGCAGACUAUCUGCAGGUACGUAGCUUAGGGAGUAUCAGGGUUCUUUAAUUGUGUGUGUAUGUAUAUAUGUAUAUAUAUAUAUAUAUAUAUGUAUAUAUAUAUGUAUAUAUAUGUAUAUAUAUGUAUAUAUAUGUAUAUAUAUGUAUAUAUAUGUAUAUAUAUGUAUAUAUGUAUAUAUAUAUGUAUAUAUAUAUAUAAAUAAAAUUAGUCAAUUUCUCAUAUUUUUAGCCCUGAAUGCUUUCAUUUUUCCCAACAUUAAUUUGUUUAAAUGGAAUCUCCCAAGGCCAAUUGACAUAUCUGAUACACUUCACUGAAGGAAUUGAAUGAUACGGUUCUGGCCUUGUAUUGCUUCAGUUUCACCUGGUAGGGCCCUUUUGCUGGCAACUACUUUUUCUUUUUUUUAUUUCUUUCACGAGCCUUUGUAACAAGCCAUAAUGAGCUGCUUGUUCAUGUUGUGUAUACAUGCGUGGUUUCUUUAAUUCUGCUCAACAUCCAAAUUAAAAUCUUUUAAUUAUG